AUGUGCAGGACUGUUCUUUUCAAAUACGAGCGUUGCCAGCACCUACAGCCCUGGGAGGAGGCAAUGUACACCCAGCGAUGCCUUUCUUAUCAGGCUCAUGAGGUAUGUGAGGGGCUCGUUGGGCUUGAGGUUCCCUUGGAUAGGCCUUGUGAUUUCUGCGUCGACGAUCCACUUGCGUACGAGCAGCUAACAUGGAUUGAAGAACUUUCUGAUUAUGCACCUACUGAAGCACGAAAACGCUUUGAGACAGUCCUUAGGAGCCAUCCAAGCAUCGGUCAGACAACAAUAAAAGAUCCGUCUGGCACAGAGCAUCCUUAUGAUCCAGAGAGCAGACACGAUUGGAAUUUCAGAAUGCCAAUUGCAGAUCUUGAGUUUAUCCAUUAUCUGGACGCCGGUCUCCAUAUGACCAUGACGGAAAUGUUUGGAGAAAAUCAAGUCCUAUCGAUGGAGUUGAUCAACUGGUACGCUAAGAUCCGCACGGUAUAUCGACGAGCACUCGCCAGGUUCAUAAUUGACGAAAGAGUGAAUGGAUUUGUUCAACACCGUCUAGAUUAUCGCCCCGGUAGACACACCGAUAUCUUGUGUGACCGUCUCUGCGGCAUAUCGACCAUGAUACCCAACACCUCUCCCGAACUCCACGGCGAGGAUUGUCCUUAUUGUCUCGAACCACUUUACCAAUCUACUGAACAAGCUAUCAGACUUCCGUGUGGGCGGCACCUCAUCGGUCUGGAGUGUACGAGACAAUGGAUCUCGUGCUGGGAUUUUAGGUCGCCAUUGCGGGUUUGUAUACUGUGCAAUACCGAUUUCGACAUCACGAAACCAGUCCAUUUCGCUGCGCGGGAAACAUUGCCCGGGUUCGAGCCAGCUCCAGAUGGGGUUGUACCAGGGUCAGAUGCGGUGGAGCCGUUCUUAGACAAUUUGAUUGACAAGCGCGUAGCUUCAGGUAUUCAUGAUGAUACUCCCAGCCCUUGGUGGGUAAAUCUUCUUCGAGAGUAUGCAUAG